CCCGCCAUGGGCCACGUGCAUAGGUGGCGGUACCCCUUCGGACCUACCUUCGCCCCUCCCGCCCGUGGCGAGAGCCCCUCCGCUCCCAGACUCUCCCCCAUCCCUGCCAGGGAGGGUGGGGCGGGCAGUGCCUCCUUGGGCUCCCCGGCAUCGGGGUCUACCAUGUGGACGAUGGCUUUCGGUCCCAGCUCACGAAGCUCUACCGCCUUCUCGUCAAGGAGGGCGGGGACGUGUUCGACAUGUGCUCCCAGCACGACUCUCAUCUGCCCUCCGACGUGGAAUACAAUUCGCUGACGGUGCACGGCAUGAAUUUCGUGGAGCUUAUGGCCAACCAACGUGCCACUGAUCGCUUCACGCAGAACUUCAACAGCGACACCUCCCUUGCUCGCUUCGCAGAUGGCUCCCUCGACGCGGCACUGAUGGCCGUAUCCAUCCAGUACAUGCAGAGCCCCGUGGAAUUGCUGCGGGAAGUGCGGCGAACGCUGCGGCCCGGCGGCGUGUGUAUCGUCAGCUUCUCUAACCGUAUGUUCUUCACGAAGGCCAUCGACGCUUGGCGCUCGUGCAAGAGCAUGAGCUCCCUCGCCAAUCUGGUGAAGGGAUACUUCGCAGAUGCGGGGUUCGUCGGGACGAGAGUCGCGAACCGCGUCGCCGCCGACGGUGCGGGCCCCCUGGGCGACCCCUUCGUCGCAGUGGUGGGCUUCAGGGACUCCGCGCCCGAAGGCGCCCUGCAGCAUGACGAGAUCUCGUGGAUGCCGGGGAUGAGCGCGGGAGGCAUCUGGUGAGGCGCCGCGUGUCGCCGCUGCAACGCUGGCGAUGCGGGUGCACACGCGUCGCGGGCGCCGCACCCGCUGCGGCACGCGCAGACGCCUGACGACGGUCGCGGGCAAGGGGCCGGCCGUGACUGCUCGUGCGAUCUCGCCCACCUCUUGACAGCAGCGCCGCUCGGAGCGCCCUGCUGGGCGUGGGAGGGAGCCUUUGCAGGUUCCCUCUCCCGCGGCUAGAGCGGGAGCCUUUGCAGGUUCCCUCUCCGGCCGAACGAAGGAGAGGGACCCUUUGCAGGUUGCCUGUCCCGGGUCUAGAGCGGGAGCCUUUUUCAGGUUCGUUCUCCAGACGGGAGAGGGAGCCGUCGCAGGUUCCCUCUCCCGCAGCUGCAGCGGAACCCUUUUUCCAGGUUCUCUCUCCAGCCAACCACGUUUUCUGUAACGCCCUCUCAAGCGUCGAUACAGAUGCCCUGGCCUGUGAGGACAAAGCUCCGAAGGAAUGGGCCACCUUUUCCGAGCGCGAGCUGGAGGCGCCCCCGCGAUACACUCUGGACGAGGCUCCCGCUCAACACCUCCUCCAUGUUCAGACAUCAGGAGCCCC